UCCUGAUAACGCCUCGCGCGAUAAGGUGAGCCUCGUUGUUUAAAAGACAGUCUGAGCCCAGAUCUGCCCAGUCGUCUACGUACUGUCGCGAGCUCUCCACACUUCCAACUUGCGGUCACCAUGGUCCUCACUCUGUACGGAGCCGACACCAGCCCCCCGGUUCGCGCCGUCAAAAUGACAUGCCGGGCCAUGGGCAUUGAGUACGACUUCAAGGCCGUGGACUUGGCGAGCGGAGAGCUCAGGAAGCCAGAGUUUCUCAAGAUGAAUCCACACCACAGCGUACCAUUCAUUGUUGAUGGAGAUUUCAUUCUUUGGGACAGCCAUGCUAUCGUGACGUACCUGGGUGAAAAGUCAGGCAACGACAGUUGGUAUCCCAAGGACAUCAAGCACAGGGCCACCGUUCAGCAGCGCUUGCACUUCGACAACGUCAUGCUGUUCACGAGGCUAAAGGACAUCUUGGCGCCCAUCUUUUUCGGAAAUGUGCUGGAGAUACCGCCGGAGAAGGUCCAGGCGCUGCAGGAGGCCCUCAACUUGCUGGAGCCCAUCGUCCACGAGGGAGGCUGGCUCACUGGAAGCCGCCCCACUGUCGCGGACAUCUGCUGCGCCGCCGACGUCGCCACCAUCGUGGCCGUUUUCCCGGAACUGACCAUACCGGCCAAGGCGGCAGCCUGGCUGCGACGAUGCGAGAAAGAACUCCCGGGCUUCGACGAGAUCAACACCCCCCACAUCAAACUAGCGGUUCUAGGCGUGAAUAAAAAACUCGGCAAGGACUAAACGA